AUGCGUCCUGAAUUUGAUGAGCAACCGAAUGAAUUACCCGAUGAUUAUGAUGAGUUAACAGAUGAACAAACUGAUAUGAUGAUUUAUGGUUAUGAUUAUAUUUUUCGGGAACAUGAUUAUUGUUUUACAAAAAAAUCAUCAGAAUCAACAACAACAUUAUCAUCGUCAACAGAUCAAAUCGUGUUUUAUGUUUGUGAAACACGAAAAGAAACGGCCCGUCGAUAUAUAAAUGAUAUUCAAUAUUUAUUAUUUUUAUCAUCCAUUGAGGAGUUUGAAGCUGAACUUAAGACUAUUCACCAAAAUUGGUCAUCAGAUUUUGUGGAAUAUUUCAGUUCAUAUGUCUUGAAAGACAUUAAUGAACUAGAGUUAACCGAAUGGAGAACAGUGUCGUUGGAUGGAUUGGUAUUACUAUUAAAUCAUCUACAAGAGUUCUACACAAAUGAAAUAUCUAGAGGAUAUUGUGGUUUGGAUGAUUAUCGUUUAAAACCGUCGUUCAGUCAUUUAGCACAGGAUAAAGCCUGUUUAUCGCUGUUGGAAGUUUGUCAUCCUAAUGAUUUAGUUUUAAAUAUCCAAAAUAUGGAAAUUGACAAACUACAUAAAGCCGCUACCGAUGAAACCAAUGAUACACCUCUGGAACCACGAAGAGAAAAACCAAUGACACAAUCACAAUUAUCACGAACAUUCAAUGAUGAAUGUGUUCAAUUCGACUCACCAACGGGUACUUUCAUCGUCGAAAUUAAAUCAUCCAAUCAAAUUACAAAUUCCAACAGCUCACGAAAACGAAUAUCAAGUAAUUCGGUGGAAAAAGCAGGAAAAUUUACUAGAGAUCGAACAUCACUAGCGAAUCUUGAAAAUUUGAUGUAA